CCGCUAGGUCAGAUGUAAAUAACUACACAGCACGUCUUUACCCGUCUAUCGACUAUUAGAUGCAUACGAUUCUGCGCGUGCAUCGGGGCAUAUGUACGCGUCUAAAAUUAAGUCCCGCUUACAAGGGUGACACCAACGGAGUUUAUUUCUAACUUCGAUUCGCCACUCGUACACCAACGACACUGAUGAUUUAGUGAAAACAAUCUUUCAUAAGCGUUGUGAGUAUCCUACGCAGCAGCCAAGUGACCGCUCAAGCAUUGCUGGGAAACAAGGGUUUUGGAGAAAAUCAUACAGCAGCAGCGGCAGCAUCAUAUUCGGCGGCCCUCCACAGCACCGACUGUAACGGUCUGCGCUACUGCUGCUGCUGUGCUGUUGGAUAAGAGAGGCAGAAAGUAAGCUCAGCAAGACCCACUCUGAUCAGGCUCCCAAAGGGUUCAACGUUCUUUGAUCUGGGAUUCCUGCUACUGCUGCUGCUGCUACUGCUGCUGCUGCUGCUGCUGCUAGUGUUGUGUGUAUGAGUGCGCUUGCAGGCCUUGUUGGGUUGUCUGUUGUGCGGCGGAGCUUAACUACGCAGAUGACGACAGGCAGGGUGUAAUGAUCCAUGGAGCUGGAGCUGUGAAAUUUAGCAGUGAUAACGACGAUCAACAACAAUUGACUUUAAUGUGAGGAAUAUCGCGGCCGGCAUAAUUGUGAACUUACAUGAGCAUCAUGGGAGAUAGUACGGAACCAGAUGGUGGUGGGACCAGUGGUGGGACCGGCCGACGUCGCCGUAAUACAAAACAGGACCGAGCACUUUACCAGCCUGGUAAGGGAUUGGGCGGAGGCAGUCGGGGAUCCCCGGCGCCGUCAACAGGCUCUAAUCAGGGAGAUCGAGGCGAUCCAAUGGAUGCAGUGCAGCAGAAACUUCAAGAGAUGAGUAUGCGCGGACCUCCAUUUCCCAGCAUGAGAAGGGGUGGUCGUGGCGGACGUGGGCAAGGUGAGCUUUGGCGGCCGGAGAAGCUCGACAAUAGCUCCAACAAUAACCACAAUAAUCGUACUGGAGGCAAUGAUAGUAGUAACAAUCGAGGAGGAGGAGGAGGAGGAGGAGGAGGGCAGCAAAACGAGUCAACUCGUUGGAAAUCCGACCGGCGAGUAAGCCCAUCUGAUCGAUGGAGGUCAAAUGGCAAUGAUGAGUCUUCGCGGACACUUCGUGGGUCUAUAAAGGAUCUUACGGCCGGCACUGGGAACGGAAAUGAUGGAGCUGGUGACCGUGGAGAUAGGAGUGUUGAAAGGGCGCGCAGGGACUCAAACUGUUCCCAAAUGUCUGUUGCAUCUAGUGGAGGUCCUGGAAACAGCAGCAACGGCAGGGUCUCGUCCAAUUGGAGAGGAAGAAACGUUGCUGGUCGGAAUGGACAAAAUCGUCAGCAGCAAGAUAACAGAAGAGCAGGAGGUGGCCGAAACCCGAAUAACAAUAAUAAUAACAGUGUUGGAAGAGAAGACGACAGUGGACGUGGACCAGGCCAAGAUGAGGAGCUGAGCUGGCAGAAACAGGGUGUGGUGCCUCCUAGGGGUAACGUUUCUGGCCGACAGCUGUGGGUGGACGAAUCUAGUGAGAAAAACGACUACAAAGCAGGAGGAUCAUGGAGGUCCGGAUCACAGGGUGACAACGCUACUGGCCGCCAAGGGGAAAAGUCAUGCACUGGCAGUAAUGGAAAUGAUGUGAAUGGUUCCGAUGGCGGAAAAGGCCGCAGACGAGACAGCCGUCGAGAGAGGCGGUCGCGAGGUCGGGGACCUCUAGAGAGACGAAGACCUGACGAUCUUCUUGAUGACGAUACACCAGAUCAAGAUGAAGAAGAGGACCCGCAGGACGCUGAUCCUAGUCACGAUGAAGCGGCUGCCACCGAGAAACCAUUAAGUACUGCAGCUAGUGCUGAAGAAGAGUCCUUCAGCAUUCAAGACGAUCGUAAAGUGGCUUCUCAGGAGAUUCAAGAGAAGCCGAAUGGCAGCGAAAGCCAUGAACAGCUACAGGAAAGCGCACCCAAACAAACAGAGACGGGAACCCAAAAAACUCAAGAACAGUCGAAUCAAUUAGAAGUUGCACUCUGUGACGCUAAUGCAUCGGCGGAUCCGACAGGGGAGAAGCAAGUCCCGCUGCAGUUCGUCGAUCCUGAAGAUGAUGAUGACAAUGAGCUAAUAUCGCUGCAGCUCCCGGGCGAACAAGAGAACGGUCCGGUAGCCCGGCUUGACUGGACGGAAUGUCCAACGCCCCCGCCGCUUGAAGAACUCGAAAGUCACCAGGAAGAAAUCCAGCCUGUCUAUCAGAUGGACCGCGAAUGUGGUGAUCGUAAUGGCCGUAAUAUGAGUCCGAUCACUCGAGCAAGUAUGGUCCACCGUGGAUACGAUGACUUCGCGGGCAGGGGCAAUGCAGCCAGUUACGAGGUGGACCGACCACAUUCUACACAAAUGGCACAAUCAUCAGACAGUUGGAUAGGAGGGCGUCGACGUCUGGAUAGUGACGCAAGUAGCAGCUUUUCACAGUACAGUGGGAGAAGCUACAAUCAACCCGGUGGCGGAAGACGUGAUCGUAGAAUGAGCGAGCGCAGCGCCGGAGGUGGUCGCUACGAUCGAGGCAGCAGAAGAGAUUCGCCGUCCAGUUCUCGCCGAAGUCCAGACUUCAAUCGAGAUCGAGGAGAUAAGCGAGACUGGAACCGGGAGCGAGCCGAAAGUCGAAACUCACACCAAAGCGGCGAUCAGAAACGUUAUGGAGGCUUCCAGGCCGACACACUUCCGCCGCGUUUCCUGAAGCAGCGUGAAGAAGAGAUGAGAUUGCAGCAGCAGCAGCUGGACCGUCAGAUGCUAAUUGAGCAGAUGCAGCGUCAAAAGCGGGAAGAGAAAGAGGCCCGUGAACGCCAACGAAAGGAACAGGUUCAACUCCUCCAGAGGCAACGGGAUCAGCAGCAGAUAGCAGCUCGAGAGCGGGCUUCGGAACAACAAACUAGCCGCACCAAACCUGUUGAAGUGGAGAAUUGGAGGCGAAGAGAUCACUUAUCUGCAAACAGUCAAAAGGCAAAGGACAAUGUCGGCAAUGACAAGGGAGACAGGCCGCAGGCAUCGUCUGCUUCGACAUCGCCUAGAACGAUGCCAGCUGUUGACAGGCAUAUUCGUAACAACAACAACAAUAUCAGUAAUCACAGUAGCAACAAAAGCAACGCGGCCGGUCACAACAACAAUGCUGGCAACAGCAAUGGAGCCAGUGGCGGCCGAAACCUGAACACCAAUUGGAGAAGUUCCGCAAGUGGCAGUAACAUGGCGGGUAGCAGGAACCCGCCUCGUGACCCUCUGCCCAGAGAGAUUUGGACCAGGAAUUCGGCUGCACCAGCAUCGGCGAUGGAAAAACGUGGCUCGGGAGGAACCAAUCAGAGGGAUGACCGCCACAGGGAUAAUAGACGAGGCGACGGAAAAGAUUCGAGGCUGGGGUUUGACAGGGAUUCGGACAAAAACUGCGAUAGCAGCAACAGCAGAGAUGGCGGUAGAGGUUCUGUAAAACACGGUAGGGAUAUGAAGGACUUCCAGGAUAGGGACUACAAAGACGCGGGGGGAGGACAACGAAAUGCGAAAGAAAUUGACCAACGGCAGAGGGACAUCAAAGGCGCAGGGGGCGGCAGUAACAAGCCAUUGAUGAGCGUACGGCCGGUUCCACAAGUUAGGGAAGACGCUAGGGAGCGAGGAGGUGGCAUUCACAGGAAUCUGAAAGGAGCUGCUGAGAAAAACUUGGCGGAAGGAGCCGAUCUAGAAAAAGAAUUGGCUGCGAAUUUAGUUGAUGCGGUUAAGGUCGGUGGGGGGGUGAAACGUCUAACUGAACUUCGGGCUAAAAUCCAGCGACGCUAUGAGCACAUAAUUCUGCACGAUCCUCGAUAUUCCACCGAAAAGAACGUCGAACAGAUGCUUUGGAAGUCGGUGUACCAUCAGGUAAUCGAGGGACUCCGUCGUGAAUGUGUGGACCACGGAGGUUCACGAGCGAGCAUUGAGAUCCGAGGCGAAAUCUGUGCGAUUGUGGAGGAGGGUCUAACUUUCUAUGAGAGUUUGCUUGAAGGGAUGCAGGAACUCCAUGGAUUUAGAUUAGAUCAAAGUUCCCACACAUCGCUAGGAGAUAGUUACGCAGGAGAUUCUAACGGAUCCCGUGGCAGUAAACACGGUCCACCCAAUAGCACGCCAGUCAAGAUCUUGUUGGUUUCAGCACAAAAGAUGCUGAUUAGCCUGGGCGAUCUGUGUCGAUACCGAGAGCAGGCAUUGGAGAGUGCGAACUUUGCUCGAGCCAGAGACUUUUAUCUGAGAGCGCAGCAGCUUGCCCCUAAAAACGGCAAACCCUAUAAUCAGCUCGCAUUACUCGCUGUCUAUUCGCGGCGCAAACUGGACGCCGUUUACUAUUACAUGCGCAGUCUGGCCGCUAGCAAUCCCUUCCUCUCUGCAAAGGAGUCUCUAACGACCCUCUUCGACGAAGUGAGGAAGAGCUGCGAGGCAAUCGAUCGACAGAGGAAAAUCCAAAAAGGUCUUCAGGAUAAUACCAGAACGAAGGCGCACAUGGCUCUUCCAGAACUUGCUAGGUGCGAAAUUUGGAUCAGGCCAGAUGGAUCCAGCUGGCAGCGUCGCGGUGAUUCUGAGCUCGAACAAAAGCUUGAGCUGCUUGAAGAAAUCAAUGCACUAUCUGAUUUCGAUCUGACAAAGCGGUUCACCCUGUCUUUCCUUCACGUACACGGAAAGCUAUUCUCGAAGAUCGGAAUGGAACAUUUCGGAGAAACUGCAGCUCAGAUGCUCCUUGAGCUGCGUACACUAUUGCGAAGACCGCAGACACCCGGCGCCGGUGCACGAUUCCUCCAAUUGCUGGCCAUCUGCAUGUUCUCCAUUGCAAACAAUUCGCUUAAAAGUAUGCAUACGGCUACGCUGGCGUCUAAUGCACGUUCGCUAAUGCAGGAGCUAUCAGUCCAAGUGGCGAUGUCGUUGGUAGCUCAUAUAAUGGAGUUCUGCACCGAACGCAUUGAAGAACAUCUUCGCUGUCGGACCUCUAAGGAUCCCGGUUGUUACGAGACAGCUAAAAGAGAUGAAGAGCAUCUUCCCGUAGACGAGCAGAUUAACUACCCGUUACUUCCGCCCGACGUGGAAGAGCUGCUUUCAGUUUUAAAAGUCUGGACUGACUGGAUGUCGGGUACUAAGAUGCUUUGGUGUCCACCACCGAAUCCUUGCGAAUUCGCUACACACACAAAAUGUGGGGAUAUUUGGUCAUCUUUAGCGGAACUUCUUACCGCGUUAAUGCGAGCAGAUUCAGCGCAUGUCGGACAAAUGGCACCAGAAUUCACAACAUGCCGAACGCUCGCACAGUCGAUGGAGGUAUUGCUUCCAGAAGAUUCGGCGCUCGCAGGCUUCGUACCACUUCUCGGUUCUCCGGUGGAUACGUUUUUCGCGGCACCAGUUCCAGCUAGCCAAAUAGGAGCACUUCGAACCGCGCUCCGAAUCAGCCGAUUGCACUUUUUCGGCGACUAUCUGUGCGGGCUGACACCUUCGCCUUAUCUGCACUUUGACGUAAGAAGGUCAGCGUAUGGCUCGCUGUUGCCCGAAGCUGGGGACGAUGGAGGCCAAACGGAAGAAUUAAUCGCAGGCGCAGACGACAUUGGAUUAGACGAAGAAGACGAUGAGCCUGCAUACGAAUCGCAAACGGGAUCAGAUGAUCCUUCAGAUGACGACGCUGUCGUCGCGCUUGAAGGUGAUGAUCAACUCGGACAGGCUGGAGUCGCCGGCGGAAGUGGCGAGAUGGAGAAACUGCGAAGGAAAAAGCAUCUCCUUCAAAAACGUGUCAAACGACACAACCGUGUGCAAGCUUAUAUCGAGCGGGUGUUGCAUAGCAGUCGAGUAGGAACAACCAUCCUGGAAAUUCGACCCCGCUUUCUAAUCCCUGACACAAACUGCCUUGUGGAUCAUCUCGAUAAGGUCCGCGCUCUCGUCGCUUGUAAAACGUAUUCUAUCUAUAUUCCGAUAAUUGUUGUGAGUGAGCUAGACGGCCUGGCUCGCGGUUGCAUGUCAAAUGCUCGGACGCAUCAAACUCCAGCACAUGCCGCUCGAGUGACAACGUUUGCUCGUGAAGCUCUCGGUUAUCUGGAGAACCGAUUUACUCGAAGAGAGCCGAAAUUGCGGACAAUCACUUCAAGAGGAAACCUAAUAGACUCUAUUUCAUUUCGCACGGAAGUCGGCAAUGAUCUUGCUGGCGUGACAAAUGACGAUUUGAUUUUGUCGUGCGCCGUCAGCUUGGGCAAAUCUUCAGCGAGUGGUGGCGAAUUGAAUGGAGGUUUGUCGCUGGUAGGAGGUAGUCAAACAUCAGGCGCAGGCCAUUCCCUUCAACCGGGUGAAACGGAGGCACCCUUGCGACUUUUCCGUGAAGCGGUUCUGCUCACCGAAGAUCGAAACCUCGCCGUGAAGGCAAUGGCACACAAUGUUCCAGUUAGGGACAUCGUCAGUUUUGUCCGAUGGGCUCAACUACCACCUGUUGACGAGGAUAUAUAAACGAGUCAAAGAGCUGAUUUAGCGAGCGGACCUGAGAAAA